AUGUCUGAUGUUCAGCCUGAGCCAUCGCGGCUGCACCCGCGUCGCCGUCCCGUCUUAAACAAUACUCUUCCCACCCUGUCGACGGACUCGCCUGGCUCGAAGAUGCACUUGAAGAAGGGCGAGACUUUUAACACUCCAACCUCCCCUCCUUCCAGUGACAGUGAUCCUGUUUUGAAUAUCCGUUCCCUGCCUGCUCGCUCUCCAACUUCGUUGGAAGCCAUCGCCGCUGCUGAAGAGCGCAUGACAUCGAUCUUGGGACGUUUGACCCUUGAGCCCACCGAAAACAACAGUGCCGCCGGCGACGACAACAACACUGCCCAGUCUAUGCCUAACUCACCAACCCCCCCGAAUGCGGAGAGUGGGGGUAUGCCCAUCCCACUGGAUGAGAAGAAGACCAGACAAGCGCAUAGCCACGAAUCGGAUAGUGGACUUGGAACAUCGAUCAGCAGCGAAGAGGGGUUGUUCGAAUCUUCUACAAAAGUCACCGACGGCACCCACAAAGAGCAAUCUGCUAUUACAAGCUCUAUUUCGGCAUUCGACAAUGGGUCAUCACCCAAACGUCAACUAGGCCCUGCUGCUUGCAAGCAGAUUGAACGAUACGUGCUUGUUCCUAUUCUCAAGGAGUCCCGCCUGAAGCCUUUCCACUCUUUGGUCCGCAGUGUCCCGCAGCGUAUCAUCAAUAAGCAGAUUGUCUGCUUGCGUGAUCUCGAAAAAACCCUAUUGUGGUUGGCACCGGUAAGUUUUCUAUUGUUUUGUCAAUGGGUUAUUGGAUCCGCCACCUCACGGAAUUCUUAUCUCAACUUCUGCGAGUUCACCAUCCAGUGCUUGCAUUCUUCGGCUUCGCAUCUUAACGACCGUGACCAACGACUUCCAGCCGAUCGACCUUAUACUAACGGAUACUUCCUUGACCUUGUUUCACAGGUCAGACGCUACGCAGCUAUGGUUCGCGAUCAGCGUCAACGGGUCCAAGCGACCCAGGGCUCCAAGUCUGACAAUGAGGCUGGCUCUACUCUAUCUGCCAAUUUGACUCUCGAGGGUGGCUUGGCUAAGAAUGGAAAGGCUGCAGAGCUUGUUGUUAUGCAAGACGGCAAGCCGUUUUCCUUGGCCACCGGAAAGCCUUAUGAGGUUGAUGCCUCUGCUCCCAUCAAGCGCACUAUCACCAUAGACGGUGCCACCGACGAGGGCGUUGAGCGCUCUAUGGCCCGCCGAAAGAAGGACGCACCCCCAAUGAACAUCAACCAAAAAUGCUCCGACUGCGACAAAGUCUUCAAACGCCCUUGCGACUUGACGAAGCACGAAAAAACCCACAGUCGCCCUUGGAAGUGUGAAGAUCCCAAGUGCAGCUACCACACCAAAGGCUGGCCUACUGAAAAGGAACGUGACCGUCACAUGAAUGACAGACAUUCGGAUAAGCCCACUCUUUUCCGGUGCACCUUCCACAAUUGUCCUUAUGCAUCCAAGCGAUCUAGCAAUUGCAAGCAGCACAUGGAGAAAUCGCACGGCUGGGUCUAUGUUCGCUCUAAGAACAAUGGCCGGGGUGGUAGUAGCAAGCGGGGCUCGUCCGUCCAGGCAACUCCUAUGACUCCUAGCGUGUCAACCCCCGCUUCCAAGGCUACUGACUUUGCCUCUCCAAUCCCUGGGCCCAGUCCCUCGCCUAGUGAUCAGACUUACGGCUGGCCUGACAAUCCUCCUUUCAAUUUCGCGGAGCCUCCCAUGCCCGCUCAAGGAGACGAUUUCCCCUUGUUUGGCGAGGCCUCGCCCUACUUGAUGAACGAUAUCAAUUCGUUCCCGAACACAAUGAAUCUCACUGCGUUCCAAAAUCAAUUUGAGUCUGGCGACCCCAAUGGUCUGAUUCCUGCGUUGGAGAUGCAUCGUCAGUCCAUGAACUCGAUGUCCGUCCCGUCCACAGACUCAGUUCCUGACUUGAUGGGCCCUGUCUCAUUCGAUGGUUCCCCUCUUACUGGCACUGAAAGCAUCAAUUUCGAUCAAGAGUGGAGCAAUCUCGAGUACCCCAUGAAUGAGGACUACACUGCGAUGCCACUCCAGCUCCCUCAAGGCCACACCCUUGACGCGAUGAAGGGGUAUAACAAUGACUAUGAACAAAUGAACCUCAACCACCUCUCUUACGGUCCUGCGGCCAAGGUUCCCGGUCUCUCCCCUGGGGCCCAGGGAAAUGCCAUGUUGUACUCCCCUGACUCUUCCAACGUCGGCGACACUCUUUCCGAACGUUACGAAUAUGCCCAGUCUCAGGUCAGCAGUGACUUCACCCAAGCCGGAAACGACUUUACGUUGUACAAUCAAAAUGCGCAGAUGGGCCACAGUGCGCAUCCCAUGAUGGCAGCCCCAAGCGACCAAUCUGCUCGUUACCGCCAGCUUCAGCAGAAUAUGUUCCCUUCCCUUGACCAGGAGCGGGUUUUCCAGGGCAUGCCCUAUGGUCAACCUCAGGGUCACUACUUGCCCCGCGACAUGAAGCUGGAAUUCAUGGAGUAA